CCAAUAAAUGCCGCAUGACGCACAUGGUCUCUCUCUCUCUCUCUCUCUCAAACUCCAUAGUCGCUCCAUUUUCAAGCUCUGAUCUCUUCUUCUCUACUCUGAAUCUCAUUCUCUUCGACUUUUCAACCCAAAGAGAAACGGGGAAUUUUUUGUUAACGAUCCAUUUUCUCUACAAGGUUCGGGAGAGAAGAGACGAGAAGAAUCUUUCCGGCCUCAAUGCCACGUGGCCUGACACUUCCGACACCAAGACAAGAAUGACCGGCUGCUUCAGCUUGACAGAGUCACGGAACUGGUGCUACCGGUCCGCCUUCCGGAGGGCGGGUCUCCAGUCGGCCAUCACGGACCUGCAAGAUGGGACCGUCAUGCACUGCUGGGUCCCCAAGGAUCGGGUCGGCUCGAGGCCCGAUCUGUUACUCAUCCACGGUCUCGGCGCCAACGCGCUGUGGCAGUGGGGCGAUGUCGUGGGCCGGUUCGCCGGCCACUUCAACGUCUACGUUCCGGACCUCCUCUUCUUCGGCUACUCCUUCACGGCCCGACCGGAGCGGUGCGAGUCGUUCCAUGCUCAGUGCAUCAUGCGGGUCAUGGAGGCCCACUCGGUGAGGAGGAUGAGCGUGGUGGGGCUAAGCUACGGUGGGUUCAUCGGGUACAGCAUCGCGGCACAGUACCCUGCGGCAGUGGAGAGUCUGGUAAUAUGCUGCGCGGCCGUGUGCAUGGAGGAGAAGGACCUGAAGGACGGCGUCUUCAGGAUCUCUGACCUCGAGGAGGCGGCGGAGAUUCUCGUCCCCCAGACCCCUGACCGCCUUCGGGAACUCAUGGGCUUCACCCUUUACCGGGGACCGCCUCUCCGCCUCAUCCCUUCUUGCAUUCUCAACGACUUCAUUCAUGCAAUGUGUGCCGAUUACGUGGAGGAGAAGAGGGAUCUGAUCAGAGCCAUCCCCAGAGGUCGCAAAAUAUCGGAACUUCCAAAGAUUACUCAGCCCACGUUGAUCAUAUGGGGGGAGCAUGACCAAGUCUUCCCACUAGACUUGGGUCACAGACUCAAAAGGCAUAUAGGGGACAAUGCGGAGCUAGUGGUCGUCAAGGAUGCAGGACACGCCUUCAACGUCCAGAAGCCCAAAGAGUUCUACAUGCACUUAAAGCACUUUCUUAUUGAUCGCCCAUCUCUUCCACAACACAAUCACCAAAAACCUUGACUAGUAAUAAUCUUCAGAAAUAUUUUUGCACUUAUCGAUUCGUUGAAAUAAUUGCUCAAUAAAUGAUGAACAUUUUACAAAUGUGUAUGCUAUUUCAUUAAAUGGCAAUUCUCAAAUUGACCGAGUA